UAUGGCCCAGUUUCGUUGAUCCCUUGUAUGUCAAUGCUGUGCAUUCAAGUGGGUGUCCUAGUUUCCGAGACAUUCAUAUUUUGCGACUAUUGGUGCUUUUUUUUCCAACUCAAACCAUUAUUUUGUGGCCAGUUGUCUCAACAUUGCAAAAGGUUCAGCGGGGGUGACAGUAUCUUGCUCUUGGGUAUGUUGGUGAAGAUCAUGCAGAGUGAGGGCCCAGAAUGCACCUGGAAGAAAAGUGUGUCGCUAUGUCCUCAGCCGAGGCUGACAGGUGCUCUUUUUUGGGGCCGCUGGUAUGCAGUCCUCUUGCCGUGUGUGAAUGUGUAUAUGGGAUUAUCUCAUCUUUCUCUUUAAAGACCCUGGUGAGAGAAUCCAAGCUGGAUGAUCUUCUCCACUAAGCCCUGUCAUGCACCCUCCUUGACGAUUAAUAGUUUGAUUCUGUAAAAUGAGAUUGAAUCGACUCAACUCUGCCAAAGUAAGGCACACAGAUAUAUUGUCAUUUUGUUUUCUUGCAUGCAAGCUACUUUUUUAGAUCACAGUAAGUAGCAUUGUGUCCUUUCCUGUUGUGUCCCAUCCAAAACCCGACUGUGUCAAACAGUAUGUUGCUCAUGAUAUUUAUCAUUUAUUCAUGUGCCAGACUUUAAUUGUGAAUGGAAAGUCUGCAUGGCUUUUCUGACACUUCCAAAUGCCCUACUGAGAAGAUAUCCUGAACCUACUGUACCUUCCUUUGCACUAAUGAACCUGACAUUUGUUUCUUUUAUAGGGACACCGGAGGAAGUAACAUUUCAGACAAGUUGAUAUUUUUCAAAGAUGUGCCACAUGAAAAAGGUCAAAGGCAUGUCUCUUUUUUUUUUUUCCAUUGAUGCCUGCCAGAAAGGUCAAGGUUACAAUAUGACCCAUGGGAGUAUUGUGUAAUUCCAAUGGGCUGUGCCAUGCCAUUCUCCAAUGCAUGUGAUGUAAGAGGAAAGCUGUCUGUGGUCACAGCAUGUGUUCUGUUUGCCUGGAGAUUUACAGCAGCACAGGAGUAAACAUGAAUUCAGAACACAGAGCGACAAAAAUAAACAACAGCAGCUGGAAAAGCGAUGAGUAAUGACUGCUUUCAUGAACACACUGGAGAAGAGGGCAGUAAUCUGUAUGCACACAGCCCCAUGUUAAUCGUCACAUGCAUCACCAUGGCAAUGGAGACAGAAUAUGAAAUCAGACACUACGCCGACUGAAUCAAAGGACAACAAAAAAAGAAACCGAACGUGAUUAAAUCCGAAAACCAUUGCCAAUAAGUCAUUAGCUGUUUAUCCUGGAUGGAAGAAGACUUACAACCACAGCCUUGGGUCAAAUGUGUUAUGGGCACCACGGUUCAACUGGCACCCAAUCAAGAGCAGAAGCGUAUGGACCAAGAUACAGAUCAGCACAUAGUGUACAUUUAAAUUAAAGAACCAGAAUUCCCUUCUGACUGUGGGUAAACCGAGUGGGCUACACCUCCUCAUCCGUCGUCACAUACCCCUCCCCUCUCCAUGCCCCCAGCGCUUCCCAGUCUCUAGUUCACUCGUCUCUGUUUACCUCUUCGCUAAUCCCUCACAUCGCGCUCUCUCUCUCUUCCCCACAUUCUCUCGAUUGCUGUCUCUCCUCCCCUUUCAAGCUCAGAGCCAGCGGGCUGCCACACGACCCACACUGCCUGCUACAUGAUCUCCUGGAAAACAGAGCUUCGUGUCUUUGUAGCCGCUUGCUGCUGGUCGAGCCUUUUGUUGAUUGCAAUCUAGGAGACAAGGAAAGAUGCCUUCGCGACAAACCUGACUCCUGUCAUCUUCAGAUGCGCCCCGGUCCCCUUUCCUAGUAUCUUGCCCCCUGACCCUUUACCCCGUCCCCUCUCCUCUACCCCUCUCCAAACCUCCCUCACUUAAUCCCCCCAAUCUCCCCCUCACCUCGCACCCUCUUGACAAUGUUCUCAUGUGUUCGUUGGCUUCAGCCUUUCCUUGCCUUGCUAUCCUCUACCUUGUUAACUUGGGGGUAUAAUUGCCCAUCUAGCUGCUUGUGUCCGGACCAUCACACCGUGGACUGCACAGAUCAAGGACUCACCCGUCUUCCAGACUCCAUCCCUUUGGACGUACGGAGACUCCUUCUGUCUAACAACUGGAUUCCCUGGAUCCCUUCUGAUUUCCUGGUCCUCUACAGUGAUUUGAUCUACCUGGAUCUGAGAAAUAACUCCUUAACGAGGCUGGAGCCUGGGACUCUGAGCACAUCCUCCAGACUGGUCUAUCUAGACCUGGGGAGCAACAACUUGACUGAGAUUCCCUCGGGAACUUUUGGGGAGUCCCGUAGUCUGAUCAAGCUACGGCUGGGAAACAAUCCAUAUUUGAAUAUGAUCAGCAAGGAUGCCUUCUUGGGCCUCACCUCCUUACGAGAGCUCGAGCUGGAGAGGAAUGCCCUCUCUGGCCUGGACGUCGGGGUGUUGAGCCAGUUGCCUUCCUUGCGGGUGAUACGCCUGGAAGGGAACCCCUGGUUGUGCAAUUGUAACUUUGCCAAACUCUUCCUGUGGCUGUUGGAAAAUCGUCACAAGCUCCCAACUGGGUUAGAGGGUAUGGAGUGCUCUCUUCCAGUGGACGGGCGGCAGGUGUCACUCAGUGUGCUUUCUGAGGACAGUUUCCGGGAGUGUCGGGGAUUGCUGACUCUCACUGAUUAUCUCAUAGUGAUUUUUUCUGGAAUUUGUAUUUCAGUGGCGGCCAUUAUUGCCAGUUUCUUUCUGGCUUCCACUAUCCACUGUUUUCAACGGCUCAUCAAAAGGACAGAUGAAGAGGAGGCAGAGGACUGAGGGGACUUACUGGACAGAAUGGAAGUUAUAAAUUACCCAUAAUUUAACACACAGUGGAAGCCAGGGGAUUGGAUAAGGGGGUGAAUCACCUUAUUUCCAUGACAAAAGAACCCUGAAUUAGGCCCCUGUGCAACUAAGGUGAGGCUGCUGUCUCGCAUCUCGUGAUUCACAACCUUCAUCUGUGAUGCUUGAAAGAAGUAUCAUGUUUUUAAUACUUGAACACCAAUGAUUGAAUUGAGCCUUAAGACUAAAACUGUUCCUGAAAAUGCAGUGUAUGAAACCACUGUCUCAUGCCCCUAUAUUCAAAAGUAAUCAGCAUUAUAUUUUGACAUCUGAUAGCAACAAUUGUCUUUUUAUGGAAAUGUGUAAGUUAAUUAGUAUUUUCUACAUGAGUUAUUUUUGGUAUUGUGUACAUGAAUCUUGCUCUGUUGUAGUAAGGUUUAGCUACUUGCACUUUAAAGUACAGAAGACAUUGCACACAAUCCCAGUGAGCCAUAAUGUAAGCCAUUUUUCAUAAAUCAUAAUGGCACUUGUCACCAAAGAAUUAGCAUAAAAUGAGCAUAUAUUGUGAUGUAAAUGUUUUUCAAGAGAAGGGUUCAAAACACCAUUAUAAAUAUUGUAAGACAUGUUUGGCUGCUGUCUGUAACCUACGACAACUUCAUAAAUGUCAUGCGUACUCUUAAUAUAGAACACUUGCUGUAGUUACAGAUGGGUCAAAAUUAUAUAUCAAGUAAUCAAGGUAUUUUAAAGGCUAAAUUAAAAGGGAACUUUUUGUCAUUCAUUUUAUGUCAAUUCUGUCUCGUUAAUUCUUUCCUUUUUUACUUUAUGUUAUGACUAAAUAAACAUUGACGCCAAAGUGUUUGAAAUGAUCAAUAUCAUGUCUUAAUCUUUA